ACGCAAAAUCUCCGCCUCUCUAUACACAAACAAAGCUGUUAGGGUAGGGCAACAGUAACUGACAUUAACUCGAUGGCUCAAACCAGUCCAAACAGAAAAGUUCACGACUGGUCGAGUCUUCAUCAAGAUGUCGUCGACUCGAUCGCCAAACGAAUAGUCUCUCCGGCGGAUUUGAUUGCUUUUGCCGCAGUUUGUAAAGCAUGGAGAUCAGCCGCCAUCAAAGAAUACUUUACCAGCCAAUCAACACUGAAAUCUCCAGUGCUUAUGAUCCAAGCCAACAACAAGGAGAAGGGCACUCUCACCCCUGAAUUCUACAACAGCUCAAAGAGUACGUGGUCAAAGGGUACGUUUCACAAACUUGGUCUGCUCGCAACCAAGAAAACAAAGCAGUCUUUUUAUUCUUCUCUAGGCUGGCUGGUGGCUGUGUCUGAGGAUUUGAAGGUUGAUCUGCUGCACCCUUUAAGCCAUGCCCAGAUUGAACUUCCAGAUAUUAACAAAGUCAGAAACCAUCACCAGCAACAGAGCUUUUCCGGCGUGCCGUACGAGUUCAUAGCUAGUAAGUUUGUCUUGUCAUCAAGCCCUUCUUGGACGUGUGAUUAUAUAGUGACUGUUAUUUAUAGGAUUUUGGGAGGCUGGGGGUUUUGGAGACCAGGAGAAGAUGAAUGGACCAGAGUGGGGAGGAAUAUAAUGGAUCUUGCUCAUUAUAAAGGGCAGUUUUAUGCUGUGGACUUUGAUGGGAAUAUAAUGGUUUGUGAGAUUGCAGAGCCUGAGCAACCAAAAAUGAGGAUUGUUGUUCCGAAAGUGCCAAUGGAACCCAUGUGUGCUUCUGUUGAUCAAAGCCUUUAUCUGGUGGAAUCACAAGGGGCCUUGUUGGUGGUUCUGCGUCUUAGGCAAUGGUUCAGUUCAACAACUGAGUUUAGGGUUUUCAAUGUGCCAUUGGAGGGUUGUGGCAAGUGCUGGUGCCAUUGGUCGGAUUUGCAGGUAAAGAACUUGGGUGACAAUACCCUAUUUCUGGGACGCCAUAAUUCUUCCUUCUCUAUCGAAUGCAAGAAGAACAAGAACUUUGUAUGUUUGGGGAAUAGCAUUUGCUUCACGGUUGAUUUUUGUGAGUGUCUCGCACUUACCAAUGGAGAUAUGGACGCCAGUUAUUUUGUUUUUAAUAUGACAGAUGGGAAAAUCAAGCCUUGCUUGGGCAAACGCCUCAAUUUAAGAGCGCCAUAUUUAUGGAUUCAAGCACCAUUUUAAAGCCUUAGGUGAUUGUUGUAUUUUAAAAUCUCAUCUUUGGAUAAUCAAGCCAUGUUGGGUAAAAUUGGUUGGAGAUUACAUGCUAAAGAUAAGGGUUUGUGGGCUAAAUUUUUUUAGGAUAAGUAUCUGAAAGGCUGCUCUAUUUUGGAUAAUUCUCUGGAGGUUAGGAAGGAUUGUUCUGCCACUUGGAAGGGAAUUUUACAUGGCUCUAAGCGUCUUUUGCAGGGGAUGACUUGGAGAAUUGGUAUG